UUUGUUGAUGGUGCAGUAGCGCGAAAUCCGUUUGCUCUGCAAUCUCCCUUCUGGCUUCUCUAUUAAUCGAUGAAUCAUGGGAUUUCGGAUAAACAUCGACAUAUUUUUAUUCCGCUCUUUCUCUCUCUAUCACGUCCAGUUAUCACAUUAUUCUGGCAAUCUGAUUGUCGAUAAUGGUGAUUAGAUAAGGGCCGAGGAUCAACAGAGGAUACCUGGCCAAUACAGGUAAUAGUUUCGCGAUCGCUUGAUGACCCAGCAUGGAUGGUUCCAAAGCGAUAUUCCUUCUGAUCUUCGUGAUCGGAUUGAUGAUAGGUCAAGUUCUCAGCGAAUGGGAAGACAAACCUUUCACUGCGGUGAACGAAGGCUUUAUCGAAACCAUAGAAAGUACGAAAAAAAACGUUUUGCUGGAAUAUGAUGAAAACGUGAAGACGGGAACCGUUCUUGGAACGUUGAAUUAUAAAGGAUCCAUCAAACCUGACGUUAGCUUUCCAUCUGAAACGAACACUUAUUUUAAACUUAGUGAUGAUAAAAGGCAACUAGUUGCAUCUAAUGAAGUUGAUUAUGAAACUAAGCCGAACAUCGAUGGUUUCAUGACGCUCGGAGAUACAACAAUUCCGAUAAAGAUUACAAUCAGGAACUUAAACGACAAUCCGACGAUUGUGAUGCAAAGGGAAUCGUGCAAUGUCAAGGAAAACGGAACGACCGGUGCGACGGAAUGCAAAUUUGAGGUGAACGACGAAGAUGGAAUGAUGGACAAGUUCACGAUCAACCAUUUAUCGGAUAAUGACGAUAUAUUUAAAUUCGAAUGGGAGACGUUACCAACGCCGACAACUAGAAACGGUAUCAUUGUGCUGCACACUCUGCAAAUUUUGGAUUACGAGGACAUAAAGAUCUACGUGUUCGAUUGGACCAUCAAAGAUAAUGACGACAGGCAUUCGGAUUCUGUAACCACGAAGGUCGUCGUCAACGUCGAGGACAUCGACGAUAAUCCACCGAGGAUGGACAUCAUCACCAGCAUCGAAGUGAUGGAACUUGAAAACUUCGAGAUGAUCAUCCACGCUGUGGAUGGCGAUUUCAUGGUCAACAACGAAAUCGACUACACGUGCACUGUCAUCACAAAAAAACUUGAACGGUAUUUUCAUUGGAAAGUCGAAAAUAAGAAGUUGGUAAUCAAUAUCGAUGGGAUCAAUAGGGAUGAGGAUGAGCUGGAGCUGUACCAGUAUUCUGUGAAAGCCUGCGAAAUACCUAAGGAUAACAGUCAAGGCCAGUGCACCGAUGAUAGAGUGGUGACCAUAAUGGUAAAGGAUAUUAACAAUCAAAUACCACUCAUUACCAUCGACAAUGAUCAACUGGAUCUUCUGGAAAACAAAUACAGUAUCAUAGGUACAAAGAUCGAAAUCAACGACAAGGAUAUCGGUGAAAAUGCCAAGUACGAGGUGGAAUUGAUAAGUGAAAAAGUGAAAAACAUCAAUGAAAUUUUCCAAAUCGUGCCGAUGAACGGAUAUCAGAAGGGCACUUUUACUUUGAAUAUAAUCAACGCCGCAUUACUCGACUACGAUGAUCCGAAUAAAGUAUAUCUGCACGAUUUUAAUAUCGAGAUCCAUUCAAUAGAUCUAAAUGAUGCAACAAAGAGCGACAGGAAAAGUAUUCAUGUGAAUCUGAUAAAUUGGAACGACGAGUUGCCCACCUUCACGAAUGACGGUAUCUACGAUAUCACUAUGAAGGAAACUUUCGGACGAAACGGGAUUGAGGUUUUACCGUUCACAGAGAAAAUUUGCGUAACGGACAAGGACGUCGAUGAUAAAAUCGAAGUUUCUCUUCUGGGAACCGCGAUGAAUUCCAUAUUGAAGUUAAACGAAGAUGAAGACGGUUGCAUCACGCUCGAAUCCAAAAACGGUCUUCCCAAAGGCUUUCAGCUGUUCAAUUACGAGGCCAACAACGAAGUGCUGAUCCAGAUCAAAGCCGUGGACACGGUUUCACUGCAGCCGACCGAUACUCUUCAUACGACAAUCGGCAUUGUCACUGUUAAGCUGAUCGAUGUGAACGACGAAGCGCCCAAGAUCGUCAUGAUGGAGCAGUCCGUGUCGCUGGUGGAGAAUCAGAAAAAGGAUACGUUAAUAAAUCAAGAGAAGAUCCUGGGAUACGACGAAGAUACGCUUAGCAAAUUGGAAUUCAAAAUCGACUGGAAGAAGUCUUACCCGAGCAAGAACGGUCAAAGGGUGGAGUGGGAAGGUUAUGAAGAGUGCAUCGAUGUAAUUAACAUUGAAAGAGACGACUCGAUGGAAUGUGAGCUGUAUUUCAACAAUAAAAUUCCGAAUAACACACCUGAUUUUGAAAAGUUCGACACAUUCUACAUCAAUCUCGUGCUCACCGACCACAACACCGAAGUCGUGGGCUACGAAUCUGACGAAGUCAUCUUCGUGAUCAACAUCAAGGAUGACAACGACAACCCUCCCAUAUUUACUGAGAAUUCAUUGGUCGAGAAGAGUGUCAAGGAAAACGCUGACUCCGACAUCAUCGGAGUCGUCACGGCCACAGACAUCGACUUGAAUCCCAAAAUAACAUACAGUCUUGAACCGGUGCAAGGAACUGCAGACAAUUUGUUGAAAAUCGAUCCGGACACAGGCGAAAUCUCCAUUGAUAAACCGAAAGCAAUUGAUGCCGAUACACCACCAUUGAAUUACUUGUACUAUAACAUUAAAGCCAAUGAUGAAAAACACACAGCAACCAAACCAAUCACGGUGAAAGUUAUAGAUCUGAACGAUAUGAAACCCAGUUUUACCAUUUUCCCAGAUCAAAACAUCAAUAUUCCGGAAAAGGAUCAGUCUGUUGAGGUUUUCCAAGUGAAAGCAAUAGACGAGGACAGAGACACACCUCACAAUCAAUUUGAAUACAUUUUUAAAGACGUUCCAAACGAUAAGUUUGUUAUUGACGAUGAAGGCUUGAUAACGGUGAACGGAAUCCUGGACAGGGAUGCAGGUGAAACGGAAUUCCUGAUUACCGUCCUUGCCGUGGACAAUCCAAACGAUCCGCUCGGUGAACCACGAUUGACCACGUCCAUGACCUUCACGGUCAUUGUGACGGACAUCAACGAUAACCAUCCGGAAAUUGUCACGAACAAUUUCUUUACCACUGAAGAAUUGAAAAAGGGAAAAUCGAUUGGAGGUUUUGUAGCAACGGACAGAGACGAUCCUUUGACCGGCAAUGGUAAAAUGACUGUAGAAUUAGUGAAUGUCGAAUCGAUAGCCAAAAACAAGUUGACAUUGGAUGAUUUGAAACUAAACUGUCCCAAAGAUAAUGGUAUUUGCGAACUGUAUUCAAACACUGACAUGAGGGGCCACUACGGCGAUCACUAUUUGGAAUUCAAAGUGUGCGAUAAAGGUCAAGAGAAGCAACUUUGCGCUGAAGAAAAUACCAAGAUUCCUCUGACCAUCGAGAUCUUCAACUUUGAGAAACCUAGCUUGAGCGUACCGCAGCCAAGGUCUACAGUCUACUUAAGCUCAGAAAACGAACAAAAUCAGCAGCUGACUUUGUUCGAUGGUAGCAAUAUGGAUCCGAUCACCGGCACAGAUAACCAGGGAGAAAAGAACAUACUAGCUAUAGAGAUUUUAGAUACGGACACCAACAUCUUCAAGCUACAGAAAAUUAACAACGUGAAGUACAAUCUGUUGUUAAACGAUGAAUUCGUCAAGGACCACAAAUAUAUAGUGAAACUGAAAAUAACAGAGAGUGAAAAGGAGGCGCUCUUUACUGAGGAAGAAUUCAACGUCAAGUUUAUCGACGCCAAUAUAUCGCCGUUGUUCAACAAGGAGGCUGAUCCUUUCGUUGUCAAGGAAUACGAUCUGAAUUCGAUGGAUAUUCCUCAAGCCGAAGUAGAAUUGGAAGGAAUCGAAAUCGAUAUAUUCUACCAUAUCUUCGAGGACUUGAACGACGCCUUCGAAAUCGAUAUCAAGUCAGGAAGGCUGAGUCUCGUAAAACCGUUGAAAAUCUUAGAUAUGAAGAGUGAGCAGGUGGUGAUUCAGGCAGGGACGUCGAGAACUCCAAUCGCGAAUCCAAACAAGGCAUCUCUUCUCACCGUUCCAAUCAAUUUGAUCGACGUAAACGAUAACGAUCCCGAAUUCACGCAGGAAAAGUAUUUUGGCCGCGUCAUGUUGAAGGACGACCCUUCAAAGAUACUCGUCGAAAUAAUCGCGAAAGACGACGAUCCCGAUGAUGAACUGACAUUCAGUAUAAGUAAUUUCGAAGGUAUAGGUUCGAAUCUGCCUUCGACGAAUACGCUGUUUGAAGCAAAGAGCAGUAGCAGAGGGCUUUGCGAGAUCCACCUGAAAGUGCCAAGCAUCGAUGCCAACAUGCAAGGAUAUUUCACAUUCGACAUCACCGUCAGCGAUUCAGAGCACGUAGCUACAGCCUCGGUGUCAAUUUUCAUCGUCGGUGAGAACCAUCUGGUUAAGUUCGUAUUCGAAAAUAAGAUGGAUGACGUGGUCAACAAGAAAACAAAGAUUAUCGAAAUCUUUAAUAAGCAAUUGGAAAUGGAAUCGUACUUGGACAGCAUAUUCACCGAAAAAAGCAUUUACGCGGAGACACCGACCAUCACAGAGACCAAUGUCACGAUGUUCUUCAUGAAAGAUAAUGUACCGAAAGAGAAUGACGAUAUCAAAAAAAUGUUGAGUAAUGCAGAUCUGUAUGGAUCGUUGAGGAACAAUCUUCUGGACUACGACUUGCAUUUGAAGCGCAUCGACAACGUAAAUACGGAACAGGAAAACAACGAGGAAGUCCUGAAGGCUUGGUUGAUAGGCGUCGGCGUCGUCUUGGGAUCCUUGUGCAUCCUACUCAUCGUCGCUUUUAUCUUAAAAACAAGAAGUCUUAACCAGCGAUUGAACAAGUUGACUACAGCACCGAUGAUCUCAAAGGAGGAUUUGAGGAUGGCUCCUCCACCGAUGACCAAUAGCAUGGCUGUGGAAGGCGCGAACCCCAUUUUCCACAUAAGCGAACACAACGAGAAAAUGAACAAUUACGAUCGUGCCAGCAUUUCAAGCGCAGAGUCAGAUUUGAUCGACAGCAAUCAUACAAACGGGUUUCGAUGAUAUACAUAAACUUUAAAUAUAGAUAAAUAUAUAUUAACAAAUUUAUUUAAUAAAUAAACAGGGUAAAAUUGAC